AUGAGGGUGUUGAGCUUGUCUAACACUCUUCUUUCAGGUCUUGCUGAUCAGUCCCUCGCCAAGCUACAGUCUCUAUCCGUGAUUCAAUUGGAUGGUAAUCAUAUCUCGGGUCCAAUUCCAGGAUUUUUUGCCAACCUUUCAAACCUGAGGGAGUUCAGCUGGAAUGCUAACAAUGUCUUCGCUCCAUUUCCAGGAUUCUUUGCGAAUUUUUCAAAGUUGACUUCCUUGAGUCUCUCCUAUUGUUCGUUGCAAGGUAUAUUUCCCAAAGAGAUCUUUCAGGUACCUUUCAGGUUAUUGCCGGGCUCUAUUGGAAACCUCAAGCAUUUGGAGAGAAUUGAUCUUUUCAAUUGCAGUUUCACUGGAUCAAUUCCAAAAUCAAUGGAGGAUCUAACACAAUUUGUUUAUUUGGAAAUGUCCUCAAACCUGUUCAAUGGUGCAAUUAUUUCUAUACAAUGGGAAAAUGUUAUUAAUCUAGCAGAGCUUCAUUUGGCUGACAAUCUACUUGAAGGGAGUAUUCCGCCUACUAAUGGACAUGUUGUUGGUCUUAGCAUUAGCAACCAAUCUAUCUCCAAUGGGAUUGACAAUUCCAGCAGUCUCUUUGAUCUUGAGCAUCUUCAAACCCUCAAUUUAGCCGAUAAAAAAUUUAGCUAUGGCUCUCACAUGGAUAAAAAAUUUAGCUAUGGCUCUCACAUUCCAUCGGCAAUUGGAAAGUUUACAAACUUGAGGGAGUUCAGUUGGGAUGGUAACAAUGUUCCUACUCCGUUUCCAGGAUUCUUUGUGAAUUUUGCAAAGUUGACUUCCUUGAGUCUCUCCGGUUGUUCGUUGCGAGAACUUCAUGGCUCCUUGCCGGAAUUUCCAAACAAUGGAUCUCUUCAGUCCUUGGUACUACACGCCACAAAUUUUUCAAGGUUAUUGCCGGGCUCUAUUGGAAACCUCAAGCAUUUGGAGAGAAUUGAUCUUUUCAACUGCAAUUUCACUGGAUCAAUUCCAAAAUCAAUGGAGAAUCUAACACAAUUGGUUUAUUUGGACAUGUCUUCAAACCUGUUCAACGGUGCAAUUAGUUCUAUACAAUGGGAAAACCUUAUUAAUCUAGCAGAUCUUCAUUUGGCCGACAAUCUACCUGAAGGGAGUGUUCCGCCAUCUCUCUUUUCUCUUCCCUUGUUGCAAGAAUUAGGGCUUGAGCAGCUCUCUUUGUCGUCAAACAAUUUCAGUGCCUUUCCUUUCAAUAGUCCUCAUCAUCUAAAAAAUCUGACCAAUAUUGAUCUUUCGUACAAUAGCUUGCAGAUUUUGUACAAUGGUACCAAUUCCUCAUACUCCUCAUUUCCUCAAAUUGGUGCACUGAAUUUGGCUUCUAACAAGUUGACAAAAAGACCAGUUCCUUUUAAUAAUCCUACUGCGGGGGAGAUUGAUAUUCAUUCAAACCAACUCCAAGGCGAAAUCCCUUACACAUUCGGAAAUGUCUAUUACCUAGAUUGCUCCAGCAAUCAUUUCUCCAGUAGUAUUCCAGCUGACAUAGGCCUUUUCUGUUGGGACAUUAAGUUUUUAUCUCUUUCAAACAAUAACUUGCAUGGCAUCAUUCCAGAAUCAAUAUGCAAUGGAGUUCUUGACGUUAUUGAUCUGUCCAAUAAUUCCUUGAGUGGCAAGUCCAACAAAUUUUAUGGAGGCAUUGCAUGUCCCAAAACCAAUGGCACUUGGCCAGUGCCUCAAGUCAUAGACCUAGCUCACAACAAUUUGAGUGGUGAAAUACCGAGAAGAUCUUUGACAACAUGGCUGGCAAUGAGGGCUAAUGCAGAUGAUUCCCUUGGCAAGGCCAGACACCUAGAAUUUUCAGGCAACAAUUUCAAUGGGCCAAUACCUAAGGAAAUGGGAGAGUUUAAGUCACUGUAUUUCCUUAACUUGUCUAGUAAUUCUUUCACAGGAUUGUCACCACCACAAGCAAAUGGAAACCAUCCAAAUUCUAGAGAUGAGAUUGAUUGGGAUCUUAUCAGUGUGGAAAUUGGAUUUGUGUCUGGCUUUGCAGUUGUUCGUUGGACUCAUCGAGGAAUUCGGAAAAUUCCAGUUGAGAGCCCGAAUUUAAGCAUGCUUUUUCACAACCUCACAGAUCUCAUAGAGCUGUAUCUUGAUGGUGUGAAUAUAUCAGCACAGGGGAUUAAGUGGUGUCAAGCGAUAUCAUCUUCACACCCAAACGAGAGGGUGUUGAGCUUGUCUGACACUCUUCUUUCAGGUCCUGUUGAUCAGUCCCUCGCUAAGCUUCAAUCUCUAUCCGUAAUUCAAUUGGACAAAAGUCUCUUCUUGAAAUGGAGGAGUGCUGAUUGCUCGUCUUCAAGACACAGACUGUGA